UGGGGGGAGGUUCUGAAUCUCGAUACUCGUACUGAUACUCGUAACCGCAGUUGAUAUCAACCAGCUUACCUCAGUUCACCCCCUAACACGACUCAUUUUUAAGCGUUAUGAUAAGUAGCUUCUUAAGCUUACAAUUGCACGCUGCCACUUUUACAGUGUAGCCUAUGUUUUUGUCUCGCGCGCUGCAGCACGCAUCACUGUCCCAGUACAUUCUCUCCUCCCUAUCCACAGCAUGGAAACACUUUCUCUCUACACCACCCCUUAUCACGUCCCAUUCACAGCAUCAUGGCGUUUGAGGGUGGGGGGCGGAGCUGUGGUGUUCAUGAACUCAUCUGCGCUAGAAGAGCAGCAAGCUGUCAGUGGAGAGCCCAAGCAGUGAUCUGCCACAUUUUGAAAGUUUGAACAAAGGUUUGCAAGGAUUUGUGGUCAGUUAGCAGACACACCAAAGGCACAAAGCAAUGGCGUUUUUCAAGAGCUUCCAACAGAGCCUCCCUUCUGUCAGUUCCCUCUUGGACUCUGUCACAAACACCGUCUCAACUGCCGUGGACGAUUUGUCCUCUGCAGUGAGUGAUGUCACCUACACUGUCAGUGACCAACUGACAGAGCAGGUUAAUACAAUCAUCAACAAAGUACAGACUGAAGAGGAUGACAAAUCCAGGAAAGAGGAGGCUGAGGGUUCUUCUGAAGACGUCCAAAAGGAAAGGAGGAGCAGCAAGCUGAAGCGUCAGGAGACAGAAGGUAAUGCUGCAGACAGUGGAGAAGGAGAAGGUCGAAAGAGCCGAAAAUCGAAAAAGAAUUCCAUGUGGCCUAUUGAAACAGAUGAAGAGGAUAUCCAGAGGGAGAAAGAAAGACAAGAGGAAGCAAGAAAAACUGAGGAGGAGGAGUGGGAGUGGUGUUACGCCCCCGCUAAAGGUUGGUAUCGUAAAAAGAGGGACCCAAACCAACCACAAAGCUUGUCUCCGACCUCAGACAACCAGAAAGGGAACAGUGACCAAGCAUCAAAAGAAGCAGAGUCUGUCGCUCAGGAAGAGAACGCCUCCUCGUCUGGCAAACACAAGGAUGAAGGUGACAAGCACAAUGAAAAUGCUAAUGGGAUGCACCCAGGUAAUAGUCAGAAAAAGCAGGACUCUCAGGAAAUGUCUGGUGAUACUGAUACAUCAGCAUCAAAGUAUCUAAAGAACGGAGAGCACAGUAGUGUUGAGGAAGAUGAUACAGGCAGAAAAAAAGACAAAGGAGGUAAAGAUGGGGGUUGUCAAGAGAAAGGAUCAUCUGAGAGUGAGGACGAAACUCCAAAAAGACACAAGGACUCUAAUCAGCAGAGAAGUGGGUGGAGAAACAAGGAUACUGAGAAUGAGGAUUGCAGCAGUGAGGCCUCUGCUGAGCAGGUUAAAAGGAAAAAUGGUUCAAGUUCCCUGAAUGAACUUCAGCCACCACCGUACCGGGACAAAGAUGAUCUCAAAUGUGGCUCAAGAGGCCGCAGUGACUCAGCAGAGGGCAGUGGAAGUGAGAUCAGCGAGGGCAGUGAAGACCCUGAGGACACAGAGAGUUACCUGAAUAAGGGCUAUGAGGAGGACGCACCCAGUGACAGCACAGCUGUUUUGGGCCCGGAGGACAGCUUACUCCCACCCCUUCCAGAAACAUAUGAACCAGAGGGACUGGGGAAAUACGGCACACUGGAUGUGGCAUUUGAAUAUGACCCCAGCGAACAACGGCUUGCGGUGACAGUAACCGCUGCCACAGAUAUUCCAACCCUUAAGAGCACAGGGAACAUUUCUUGGCAGGUCCACCUGGUUCUACUGCCCACCAAGAAGCAGAGGGCCAAGACAGGAGUGCAGAAGGGACCCUGUCCCGUCUUCACAGAGACAUUUCGGUUCUCAUGUGUGGAGAAGGACGCUCUGGGGGACUAUGCAGUCCGAUUCCGUCUCUACAGUGUGCGGCGCAUGAAGAAGGAGAAGGUCCUAGGCGAGAAGGUGUUCUACUUAACCAAACUCAAUCUGCAGGGCAAGCUUGCUCUGCCUGUUACACUAGAACCUGGCACAUCCGUUCCUGGCUGUGGAUCAGUGGUGAGUGUCUCUCGUAGUGCGGGAGCUCUGUCAUACCACUCCACUGGUGAAUCCUCCACUCCAGAGCUUCUGUUGGGUCUCCUCUACAACUCCACCACUGGAAGACUGUCUGCCGAGGUUAUUAAAGGCAGCCAUUUUAAAAACUCUGCCACCGAUAAACUGCCCAUUGGCCUGUUUUGUUGUGUAAAACGCUUCAUUAGUGGGCAACUAUAUAUAAUGAGAGACACUUAUGUGAAGCUUACAAUGCUGGACUCCAAAGGGAAAGAGAUGUCCAAAUGUAAGACCUCCGUCUGCCGUGGCCAGCCCAACCCAACCUACAAAGAGACAUUUGUCUUCCAGGUGGCGCUGUUCCAGCUGUCUGAGGUCACCCUGCAGGUGUCGGUGUACAGUCGGCGGAGCAGCAUGAAGAGGAGAGAGCGGGUGGGUUGGGUCGCUCUGGGCCUCAACAGCACCACAGAGGAACAAGAGGAGCACUGGACCCAGAUGAAGGAGUCAGAGGGACAGCAGGUCUGCCAGUGGCACACGCUCCUCAAUUCAUAGGGGAGCACGGAAACAAUGCAGUACGGUUUUUGUCCAUCUGAAGGUUUAGUAGGACAAAAUGAGUACAAAUGAAAGGAUUUGUUCACCCUAAAUUGAAAGUUCUUUCCUAAUUGACUCCUUCAUGUUGCUCUGAACGCAUAUUACUUGAUUUCUUCAUGAAACAUCAUCUAUCAUAUGGCUUUAAAAGACUGGCAACUUGUCAUUUUUUGGGGUUUGAUAGCCCCUUUAUUUUGAAAAGUAUCUUCAGAAUAUUCUAAAAAAAAUAAAGUUUUGUGUUCCAUAGAAGAAAGUAAGUCAUAGGCGCUUUAGAAUGGCAUGAGGGUGAUUAAAUGAUGACAGAAGAGUGAUUUUUGAGUGAACUAUUCCUAAAGUAAACUUCUGCAAAAUUUUGUGGGGAAAUUAGGUCCAUUGUUCCUUUUCAAUAAUAUAGCGAUGCAUGAAGCACCACUUUCUCUGCAGUUACUUCCAAAACAAGCAAAUUUAUAUUGGUCAUCGUGGCAAAUUUGUGUAAAAUAUUCAACAAACCUGACUCUGAUGUGAAAUACGCAUGGGGAAAUUUUUGUCAUGUGUCAUUCAGCUGAAAUUUCCAAUCACAUCCUACUGAGAUUUAGACUGCAUUUCACCCACGGAAUUCCUCCUUAAAGGGAUACUCCACCCCAAAAUGAAAAUUUUGUCAUUAAUCACUUACCCCCAUGUUGUUCCAAACCCGUAAAAGCUCCG